UUGUGAUAAUAUUAUAUUGUUUUACGUUUUUGGUAGAAAAAAUUGAAGGGUAAAUAAUAAUUAUUUGUCAGUGUAAUAGUUGUUAAUUUUACACAAAACAAUAACACCAUGUCGAUUAUGAAAUACAGUUAUUAUGACUCGCCGGACGGUAAAGAUUUAGCGAAAAAAUUGUUUUACACCAACAAAAAUGUCACUAUAAUCGGAUUUGGACUGGCAACGACGGAUAUUAUUCUCAACAGCAAGCCCAAGGGCUACUUGCAAACCUUACUCAGAUAUGGACAAUUAAUGACGCCGAUGUGGGCCGUCACUUCAACAUUUUGUAUAGUAACUUAUGCCUCUACUCGACUGCGUGAUAAAGACGACGUGAAAAACUAUGGACUCGGCGGAUUUGCAUCUGGUCUUAUGUUGGGCGUUUUCACUAAAAGCUAUUUGAACGCAACAUGGAUAGGUGUGAUAGCUUGCCUUGCCGCCAUGGCAAAAAAAAAUGCUAAACUGAAUAAUUACGAAAUCAUGCCAACUAUACCAACCACUCGCCAUCAGCAGCAUGGUGAUUUCAGAACGCCAUACAAGAAUUGGACUGUUUAUGAAGAACGACCAAAAGGAUGGGUUGCCGCUGAAGAACGAGCUCAAUGAAUCCAUGUGUUUUCCUUUGUAAAACAGUGUUGUAAUAAUGUCCAAGUGUGUUAGACGAGUUUGCAAUGUGAGUAGUUCUUAAAUUUGAAUAAAGUAUACAUUUAAAUAUUUCUGUAUUUGCUGUAUAAAUAACAAUAUUGAAUAAAAAUACAAAUACGUUAUAAACUA